AUGUCGCAAGCACUAGGCCUUGACUUGAAAGCAAAGAAGUUGAGGAAACGCAGCGAUUAUGUUUACCUCGAAGACUACCGGUCGCGAUGGAACGAUAAUGACAUCCAUAUGAAUAAUCCUAUCUACGGCGUCCUCAUUGAUUCGAUUAUCAACUCUUAUCUCAUACAGAAGACUGGGUACCGACCUGGAUAUUCCGAUGAUGCUAGCGAUCACAUAGGACUUGUCGGCUCUUCGUAUUGCGACUACUUUGGAGCCUCUCAUUAUCCUGGGAUUGUGGACUGCGGAUUGAGGGUGGUUAAAAUGGGCAAAAGCAGUUUGAUGUACGAAGUUGGCAUCUUCCAACGAGGCGACGAGGCUGUCAAGGCAGUUGGUGGAUUCAUCCAAAUUUGGGUGGAUAGGAAGUCCAAUCGGCCGACCAAAGAGGGCAUCCCGGCCCAUGUGAGGAAAGCUCUAGAACCGUUAUUGAAAGGGAGCGAACAGGAGUCUGCACCGAAGGGAAAGCUAUAG